AUGAUUGGUAAGCCUAAGGUUGGCAGGCGCAAGGUUGCUGUAGUUACCCUUACCAGCAAAACAGGUACAAAUGCCUCAUAUGCGGACAUUCUUGGAGCAGCUAGGAGGAACACCUCUUUGGAUACUCUAGGAAUUCAAGAAACUAGGAUUCGCCGCGCCUUUAACGGAGGCUAUAAGAUUGAGGUCCCCGGCGCUAAUGGUGCUGAGUUAGCCGGUAAAUUGAAGGACCACCUGGAGGUGAUUCUUCAAGAUGUUGCUAAAGUGGAUAACCCUGUUGCUCGUGGGGAACUUAAAAUAACUGGCCUGGCUCCCUCUACCUCAACUGAGGAGAUUAGGGAGCAAUUGGCGCAGAUUAGCUGUUUUCCUCCAAUGGCUUUUGGUAUCAGUGAGGUCAAAACUAUGCGUGACGGCAUGGGCAUUGUAUGGGUACAAUGUCCCUUAAAUGCUGCGAUUGCUGUUGCCGAAGUUGGGCGGCUGCGUAUUGGCUGGACAUCGGCGAGAGUCGAGUUACUGAAGAAACGUCCAGUCCAAUGUUUCAAAUGUUGGAGAUUUGGACACGUCCGUACAAACUGUGCUGCCCCCGAGGAUAGAUUCGGGUCGUGUUUCAGAUGCGGUAACAGUGCGCAUAAAGCUAAGGAUUGUUCUGCCUCCCCCCACUGUGUUAUAUGCUCUGAUAUUGGUAAGAGCUGCAAUCACCGUAUUGGUUCAUUCAUUUGUCUAGUCAAUAAUGGCUAUGAUAAUGCUAAGCGUGUGAAUCAAAGGCAACCGGUACAACUCGCUACACAUGGUUAUUAA